UUCAUUCAGCAGCCAGAUCUUCCCCCGAGAGAGCAGAUUCCUGCACUACUUCAUUGGCUGGUUGCAACUGAAAGAAACACAAUGGAAGCCAAAACAAUGAAACCUGCACAGAGGGCCGUCCGAAAAAUCAGAACUGCCAGCUUGGUUUCUAGUUUAACAAAAGGAUGGCAACAAUGGGCUUGCGAGCAUUCCACCAAACAGGCACAAGAACCUAGUGGUUGGGUUCCAAACAUAGAAAACGAUGGUCAAGAACACCAGAUAACAAAGUUUAAAGAGCAAACCAAACCUACAGCUGCAGCACCAAGAAAGGAUCCUGAAGAAGUUCCUACCAAUGACCAUGGAGAUACACUGAUCAAAACUAAAACUGUAACCAGAUCUUUUGCAAGCAAAGCACAAGAAAAAGGAAACGAUAUUUGCUCUUUAACAGAAAGAUACGAGAAGGACCCAAGUUUACAUAUACCAAAUAAGUACGACGACUUGGAUAAAAUAUUGCAAGGGAACAUAUCUCCAACAAGGAGAAGAAAAUGCUCAAAUUUAGUUUCCCAGCUCACCAAAGGCUGGAAGCAGAUGGACGAGGAACAAGUGACUGUCCAGGGUCCUACCCCAAAACUGAAAAAAUGCCGAAUUGAGAGCCUGGAAACAGAGGACAGUGGAUACGGUGAAGGUGAUGCUGAAGGGAAAUCACAAGUGGACAGUAAGAAGGAACCAACAACAGAACAUCAAGAGGAUACUGCAAGGAUUAAACAAUCAUAUUCUUCCAGAAAUUACAAGCCUACCGGAGAACUUGAAAAUAUAAACAAAGCUUACAAGAGAUACAGCCCUGUGAAUAACAUAAAGGGAAGGUGGGAGAACUGGUCAAGUCAGCAUGCUCUGACUCAAAAGCUAAACCCUUUCAGCGAGGAGUUUGAUCAUGAAUUUGCAAUGUCCAGAAGACUCCACAAGGGCGAUAAAGGAUAUGGCCAUCCUGAAGAAGGGACAAAAACUGCUGAAAGGGCCAUGAGAGCCGAGGCCCACAUCCACCGUGAGAUGAAGGAUCUGUGUUUUAUCAUUAGUACUAUGUCUGAGCCUGACAAGGAUGGGAAAGUCAGCGUAACUUUUGGAGAACUCUUUGAUCGAUAUGUGCGCAUUUCAGAUAAAGUGGUCGGAAUACUACUGAGAGCAAGAAAACAUGACAUGGUGGACUUCUCUGGAGAAAUGUUAUGGCAAGGCAAAGAUGACCAUGUAAUUAUCACUUUACUAUAAACAUUGGAUGGACGUUGUACAUCAAGUUAUUUUAAGCUUCAUGACAAAACAUGCAAAUGAAACUAACAUUAUUAGAAAUCUAGAGAUUUUCCCUCUUUUUUGGGCAACUUGGUUAACGGAGUUGUAGACUAAGGAAUGUUCUUAGAGGUAGGUAACCAAAAUAUUUAGUGGUAAUCUAAAGCUGGGUUCAGAUUUGUCAGUUUGGGGCAGAUUUUAAAAAUGUCUGCAGUCAUUUUAAGACUAAACGCCCUGAUGUAAGCGCUUAUCCAUUGAAUUUACCAAGAUGUCCAAAACUGAAUUGCGAUAACGUGGACUUUUUUGGAUCUAACUUUACAACAUACCAGACAAAAUCUCCUCAUGUACCCAACAUUAAAAAAUGUACAGCUUUUUCCUU